GUGGUAGGGUUUCUUCACGCUGCAGAGGAAAACAAAAAAAGAAAAAGAGAGAGAGAGAACCCUCUGUUUUCUCCGUCUCCCCAAAUUUCCUCCGCCUCAUCUCCACCGCGUCUCCGCCAUGCCUAGUCCCCGACGACCCAAUUCCGGUGAUAACAAUACACCAAAAACGAUCAAAUAUUUAAAGCAUAAUAUAAUUGGAAUGCAGUGAGUUUUAUUCAUCAUGGAUAGUUCAGACGACGAAAGAGAUGUUAAUGCCGAAGCUUCUACGCCAAACGAGCCCAAACGUACAAAAUUUGUAGACGAUGUAUUGAACGGGCCGAACGAGGCUUACAUGGAGAAUUUCCGGAUGGAUAAACACGUUUUCCACAGAUUGUGUGAUAUGCUGCGUACCAGAGGCUUACUGCAUCACACUAAUCGAAUAAAAAUCGAGGAGCAAUUAGCAAUAUUUCUGUUUAUAGCCGGACAUAAUUUACGAACCCGAGCAGUGCAGGAGCUAUUCAAAUACUCGGGCGAAACCAUAAGUCGUCAUUUCAAUAAUGUUCUUAGCGCGAUUAUGACCGUUUCGUUGGAUUACUUCCAGCCUCCGAAAUCCGAUGUUCCACCACAGAUUCGUGAAGAUCCCCGAGUUUAUCCUUAUUUUAUGAAUUGUGUUGGAGCAGUGGACGGCAUACAUUUCCCGGUGACAGUAGGUGUGGACGAACAAGGGCCUUUUCGGGAUAAAAACGGGUUCCUGUCGCAAAGUGUUUUGGCGGCGUGCUCGUUCGACAUGAAAUUUAAUUAUGUCCUUGCUGGUUGGGAAGGCUCUGCACCGCAUAUGCUCGUUUUGAAUUCAGCUCUCACUAGGUGUAACAAACUUGAAGUACCUCAUGGUAAAUACUAUCUCGUGGAUUCCAAAUAUGCAAACAUCCCGGGGCUAAUUGCUCCAUACCCCGGAGUGUCGUACAGUCACCUUGAAUUUGGAGGUGGGGUCCACCCGCAAGAUGCUAGAGAGCUAUUCAACGAGCGGCAUUCUAUUCUUCACAGUGUCGCGAAUCGAACUUUUUCUGCACUAAAGGAACGUUUUCCUAUUUUGAUGUCCGCUCCUUCUUAUCCAUUAGCAACGCAGGUGAAGCUUGUAGUUGCGGCUUGUGCACUCCACAAUUACAUCCGUGAUGAGAAUCCCGCUGAUUGGAUCUUCAAAAUGUACGAGCAGGAAGGUGUUAUGCAAAUGGAAGAUCCGUUGAUGGCAGCUUUGGAGACCGAUGAACAGCCAUUAAUUGUACCUUUUGAGACGCGGAUGGAGUGCGUGGCUGUUGGAGAUGAAGAGUUGGAACAUGCUUCUCGAACGAGAGAUGCUAUUGCCACUGAAAUAUGGAAUGAUUAUGUCAGAGAUUUUAUUGCCAUUGAUCAUGUCUUGUAGUUAAAUAAUUGAUUUUUUUUUUAUCUUUGAUACUUAAUUUCGGACGAGUGCUAUUAGUGUUGAAGUCCCGAUGAACUUUGGACGUUUAUACUUUACAGCAUACCGUAUGAGAUACAUCGAUGGAUUUCGAUGGA